AUGCUGCCAUCACACAAAUUCAAGUUGACAGCUUUUCUCAUUCUUACUGCCAUUGCCUCCACACCUUAUGCAUUCAGAAGCUCAACUUGCCGUUGUUUCCCUGGAGAUGACUGCUGGCCCUCAACUUUGACCUGGAACGCCUUCAAUCAAUCUGUCGAUGGACGUCUUGUGGCCACUGAGCCCCUCGCCACUCCUUGCCAUGUUCCAUCAUACGAUGAAAAAACGUGCGAGGUCUUGAAGGAGGGCUGGCUUUUGCCUGAGGAACACUACCAAUCGUCCUCGUCUAUGAUGGCCCCAUUCUUCACAAAUGGAACAUGCGAUCCAUAUCACCCAAUCUCGAAGCCAUGCACUCUAGGUAACUUUGUUCGUUACGCAGUCAAUGUGUCCUCGCCCGCGCAUGUGGCUGAGACAUUGAAAUUUGCGACGAAGAACAAUCUCCGGUUCAUUAUCCGCAAUACCGGCCAUGAUUACAACGGAAAGUCCACCGGCGCAGGUGCUCUUUCGGUGUGGACACACCACCUUAAAGAUAUAGAGAUAAGGGACUGGAAGGACGAAAAUUACACUGGCAAAGCUUUCAGGCUCGGCGCUGGUGUUCAGGGAAUUGAAGCAUAUGAGGCCGCUCAUAAACACGGGCUUCGAAUGGUCGGUGGAGAAUGCCCUACUGUCGGCCUUGCAGGUGGAUACAGCCAAGGAGGCGGCCACUCUUCCUUGUCUUCCAAGUAUGGACUAGGUGCAGACCAGGUCCUCGAGUGGGAGGUUAUCGAUGGUAAUGGCCGGUUUCUCGUUGCAAACCGUACUCACAACACUGAUCUUUACUGGGCGCUGGCAGGUGGCGGUGGUGGUACAUACGGUGUCGUUUGGUCCAUGACCUCCAAGGCUCAUCAGGAUAGUCAAGUUUCUGGUCUGAAUCUUACUUUCACCACCGAUGGUAUUUCCGACGACACGUUUUUCAAAGCUGUGGAGCUUUACAAUACUCAUUUGCCAUCUAUUGUUGAUGAGAGGGUCAUGAGUAUAAACUUCCUAACCAACACUUCCUUCGCUAUAUCUCCAAUGACUGGGCCCGGUGUUCCACUAAAGAAGCUGUUGGGUCUCAUACAGCCAGUUCUCAAUGGCCUGGAUAACCUUGGCAUCAAGUACCAAUACACUGUAGAGGAGUUUGAUACAUUCCUUGAUCAAUUUAAUGCCCAGAUUCCCCUUGUUGAGAUUGGAGUUGCCCAGUAUGGUAGCUGGCUUCUUCCACGGUCGAUCCUUGAGAGUCCAGAGACCCGCCAAAAGUUCACAAAUUCUGUUCGCACUGUCCUUUCUUAUGGUGCUACAUUGACCACUGUGGGUAUAAAGGUGACCAAGGAAGUGACCGGGGAAGUUUACAACUCCGUGAACCCUGCGUGGCGCCGCGCUAUCGCCCACACCCUGAUGUCCACUCCUUGGGAGUUCAAUGAGCCGGAAAAAAUGCUCGAGAAGCGGGAAUUGAUGACCGACAAACUUGCCGAUUUCCGCCAGCCCGACUUCAAGAGUGCCUUUUAUGGGGAAAAUUACCACAAGUUGCGUUCAAUCAAGACUAAGUAUGACCCGAACGACCUCUUCUAUGGAUUGACUGCUGUUGGCUCCGAUGAGUGGACCAUUUCCGACAGUGGACGGAUGUGCCGUACUAGUCCCCCCGAGUGA